AUGUCGUAUUCUACAGGAAACUUGCCUAGACAAAUGUGGAACUUGACAAAACUUGAAGAUCUGUUUCUUGGAUGGAAUAACUUAACAGGACAUAUACCAAGUGAAAUUGAUAACCUAUCAGCACUUCAAAGAUUAAGUCUUCGACGGAACAAUUUGGUGGGAAUUCUUCCACCAUCUAUUGGAAAUUUGUCGAAUCUAGAGAUGAUAGACCUAGGUGAGAACAGUUUACAGGGUGACAUUCCUCGGGAAUUUGAACAUCUUGUAAAUCUGAAAGAAGUGUAUCUUGGCUCAAACCGAUUAUCAGGUGAAGUUCCAAGGUCUAUUUACAACAUUUCUGGACUAGAAAAGAUUGCAUUUGUAGCAAAUGAGCUUUCAGGAAUACUUCCCUCAAACAUAGGCCAUAGCCUUCCAAAUCUUUAA